CGCAACGUUCAAUAAAAUAAAUGAAAUUUCGAAAUAGUGGAUGAAACACUUAUAUUAAAUAAUUUUCGUACACUCAACUACAUUAAUAUCUGUUUUAGUUUUAUUUUGUGAGUGUCAAACGAAAUGCAUUUGUUUAGUGUCAUUUUAAUGGUCAUAGUUGUGCUGUGUGCCGCCAAUGUAAAGGCCUACCGCUUCUUGGGCGUUCUUCAUACCGGUCUAAAGUCACACUAUAUCGUUGGCUCAGCGCUGAUGAAGGAGCUGGCGCGCAGAGGUCACCAGGUUACGGUCAUUUCGCCAUUCCCACUGAAGAAGCCGAUGGAGAAUUAUGUGGACAUCGAAACACCGACAAUUAAGGCACAUAUGGAGAGCAUGGCGCCGAUUCUUCUGCAAACUGUCGAGUUGAGUGUUAUAGAAAAUGUGCUAAAUUUCCAUGAACUGGGUCUCAACAUUACGCGCACGUUUCUAGAAGAGACCUCCGUUAAAGCGCUACUUGCUAGCAAUCAGAGCUUCGAUGCCGUUAUAAAUGAAGUUUUUAUGUCCGAAUCGCUUUUUGGACUGAGCGAACACUACAAUGCACCACUGAUAGGUCUGGGUACUUUUGGAGCACAUCCAUGGAAUACAGAUAUGGUCGGUUCACCGAGUCCACCUUCGUAUGUGGCAAGCGCUCUGCUGCCAUUUAAUGAUCGCAUGACGUUAUGGCAACGCGUCGUCAACUUCGCAUUUGGUGUAUUCGAACGUUUGUUCCUCGAUCUUUAUUAUCUACCAAAACAGGCCGCUAUAUAUCGGCAAUACUUUCCGCACAACAAGCGGGAUAUGUAUGCGGUGCGUCGCAAUUCCGCAUUGGUGCUGCUCAAUCAGCACGUCUCGCUCAGCUUCUCACGCCCUUAUGUGCAUAAUCAGAUAGAAGUUGGUGGCAUGCAGAUCAAUCGCAAGCGCUCACCACUACCUGCUGAUCUUGAACGCUUUAUAAAUGGUUCGAAACAUGGCGUAAUCUACUUCUCGAUGGGUUCCAAUUUGCGUAGCAAAUAUUUGCCAUUGGACAAACGUCAGGCAAUACUUGAGACAUUCGGCGGCUUGCAGCAACGUGUGCUAUGGAAGUUCGAAGAUCCACAACUCGCUGGCAAACCGGAUAAUGUGUAUAUUAGCGAUUGGUUUCCACAAGACGACAUUUUGGCGCAUCCGAAUGUGAAAUUUUUCAUCACACACGGGGGUCUACUUAGCACCACUGAGUCCAUUUAUCAUGGCAAACCUUUUAUUGGCAUACCGUUCUUCGGCGAUCAAUUUCUCAAUAUGAAACGCGCCGAGGCUGGCGGUUAUGGCAUAAAACUGGAGUACACCAGUUUGACGAAGGACACUUUUAAGUCGGUCAUUGAGCGUAUGCUGAGUGACGGGAGCUAUAUGGAGCGUGUGGCCACUGUGUCGGCAAUUUAUCGCGAUCAGCCGUUGAAGCCUCUAGAUCUGGCUGUCUACUGGGUGGAAUAUGUGGUGCGACACAAGGGCGCAAAACAUUUACAUUGCUCCGGGCAGGAUUUGAAUGUCGUACAAUAUCAUAGUCUUGAUGUCAUGCUGAUCUUAUUCGGUGGUCUUACUUUGGUGCUUUGGUUGAUCAUGUGCCUGAUGCGUGCUUUCUGGGGUUGGUUACAAUUUGCACUUGUUCGCAAGAAUAAUAAGGAGAAGACACAUUGAAGUGUGAUAAUUCUGCACAAAAUGCAAAUAUUGGAUAUUUCAUUAUUUAAAAUUUGUUGGAAAAAAUAUAUUUUGUUAAUUAUUUAGAUCGCUUUAACUAUAGCAUGUAUAGAAGUUAAUCCUUAAAAAUAGUAAAUUCUUCUAUCUUUUAAAUAAAAUUGAAAAUUUA